AUGUUGAUGAUGGAGAACAACGGAAUGGAUGCGCAUCAGGUUGAGCUCGAGACGGAUUACGAGCCUCACAGCCGACCGCGGUCGUGCACCUGGCCCCUGCAGUGUCCGGAGGAUUUUCCUGGGGGAGAGGAGGAAAAGCGGGUUCUGCCUCCGGCAUCCGUGAAAGUGGAGCCAUACAACGUGCCGGUGUGUCGUGGCGAUAGAAGCGGCGGCGCGCCAACGGAGCUAAAGCAUCCAGCCGGGGCCCCCGCGCCUAUCGCAGCAGCCCCCGCGUGCAUGUCCGGGGCUGCACUCGAUGUGCCCGGCCAGCUGCGGAAAUCCAAGUCCUCGCGGCGGAACGCGUGGGGCAAUCAGUCCUACGCGGACCUCAUCACGCGUGCAAUUGAAAGCACCCCAGAAAAGAGACUCACCUUGUCUCAAAUAUAUGAUUGGAUGGUUCGCUUUGUGCCCUAUUUCAAGGAUAAAGGGGACAGCAAUAGCUCAGCUGGAUGGAAGAAUUCCAUCCGUCACAACCUGUCCCUGCACACUCGUUUUAUCCGCGUCCAGAAUGAAGGCACGGGCAAGAGUUCUUGGUGGAUGUUGAAUCCAGAAGGCGGGAAGAUGGGUAAAGGCCCUCGACGACGCGCCAUAUCCAUGGACAACGGGACCAAGUACCUUAAAACCCGUGGACGUGUCAGUCGCAAACGGGCCGUGCCCGGAGGUGGGGUAGGCCUGGGGAGAGGUCUGGGGGCUGGUCCCGGGAUGCAGGGAUCCCCAGAGCACGGCAGUCCGGCAGGGAAAGGCGGAGUCGGAGUGGGAGGCGAAGAGUUCGACACCUGGACGGAUCUCCACUCCCGAACCAGCUCGUCCGCGUCUACGCUAAGCGGCUGCCUGUCUCCGAUACUUGCCGAGGCGGAACCGGACGAGCCGGAAGAGGGCGGACUGUCCUGUUCGGCCUCCCCGCGGCUUUACCCGAGCCCAUCCAGCACCCAGUCCCCUGCCCUGGGGACGGGCAGCCACUGCCCCUCUGUGGAGCUCCCCCAGCUGACAGACCUUACGGGAGCCAUUAGCUUGGAUGAAGGGUACUCCCAGACCGCCCAGCUAAAACGCAAUGGGUUCCCUUAUGGUCCCAAGGGCGACAGCUCCUACUGCGGGUCCGUCUACGGUCAGCCGUCCAUAGGGAUGCUGAGGCACCACACCCCUAUGCAGACCAUCCAGGAGAACAAGCCAACCAGCUUCCAGCGCCCCCUAAGGGGCUACUCAGAGAACAACGCCUUGGAGAGCCUGCUGGCUGGCGGGCCACAGUACGGCGGAAAGGACAUGGUGAUGGGUCAGGGAGCAACGGCCCACGCGCUCAUCUCGCACGGUCACAAUCAGAACAGCGGUCACAAUCCCUCUCGGAACCACGAGCACGGCGGUCACAAUCAAGAUCACGGCCAAAGCCUUCACAACGGUCACAGGUCGAGUCAUGACCAGAACCACAACAACCACAACCACCAUCACAACCAGAAUCCCUCUCACAAGCAUCAUCCCGGUCUUGACUACAACCAAGGUCACAAACACCACCCGGGGCACGAGUACAGCCAGAGUCAUGACCACAAGCUCAGUGCCAGCCCCAACCCGAACCACUUGCACAGUCACUUACACGGUAGCCCGAGACAGCCUGCCCCGUCUCCUCGGGUUAACAGUGACAUGCUUCAACCCUAUAACCUCAAAUCACCCAGCCUCUAUGGUCCCCGUGCUCACCUCCCCUCCACAGCCUUACCGCCAAACCCAGCUGGCGUCAUCGACGUUCCCCAAGACCCCUGCCGCCUGGCUUCAGCUCCCCACCCGAGACACCAACCCUACCCCAACCAGCACCACCACCAGGGAAUGAGGGAGCCUUGGCAUGAAGGAUACUAUCACCACCAACACCAACACCAUCAACAGCAACACUCCCAAACCGCAGGUUAUCACGGAAACCCCCACCCCCACCACCCUCAUCACCCGCACCAACCUCCUCACAAUCGGCAUCCGUCGAACCUGGACAUGGAGGUUCUCCCCAGCAGUCUGGACUGUGACGUGGAGUCCAUUCUCCUCAACGACUUCAUGGACUCUGAAGGGAUGGACUUCAACUUUGACGGUUCCCUGUCGCAGGGCGUUGGCGUAGGAAUGGGCUUAGGUAUGGGCAUGGGGGUGUUCGCAGGACCUCCGCAGGCUCACAACAGCCAGAGCUGGGUGCCCGGAUGA